AUGUGUGAUCGUGGUAGAUUAGAUCCAGUGUGGUGUUGUCACAAAACCACUUCAUCAUCAUCAUCAUCAUCAUCAUCAUCAUCAUCAUCAUCAUCAUCAUCAUCAUCAUCAUCAUCAUCAUCAUCAUCAUCAUCAUCAUCAUCAUCAUCAUCAUCAUCAUCAUCAUCAUCAUCAUCAUCAUCAUCAUCAUCAUCAUCAUCAUCAUCAUCAUCAUCAUCAUCAUCAUCAUCAUCAUCAUCAUCAUCAUCAUCAUCAUCAUCAUCAUCAUCAUCAUCAUCAUCAUCAUCAUCAUCAUCAUCAUCAUCAUCAUCAUCAUCAUCAUCAUCAUCAUCAUCAUCAUCAUCAUCAUCAUCAUCAUCAUCAUCAUCAUCAUCAUCAUCAUCAUCAUCAUCAUCAUCAUCAUCAUCAUCAUCAUCAUCAUCAUCAUCAUCAUCAUCAUCAUCAUCAUCAUCAUCAUCAUCAUCAUCAUCAUCAUCAUCAUCAUCAUCAUCAUCAUCAUCAUCAUCAUCAUCAUCAUCAUCAUCAUCAUCAUCAUCAUCAUCAUCAUCAUCAUCAUCGUCAUCAUCAUCAUCAUCAUCAUCAUCAUCAUCAUCAUCAUCAUCAUCAUCAUCAUCAUCAUCAUCAUCAUCGUCAUCAUCAUCAUCAUCAUCAUCAUCAUCAUCAUCAUCAUCAUCAUCAUCAUCAUCAUCAUCAUCAUCAUCAUCAUCAUCAUCAUCAUCAUCAUCAUCAUCAUCAUCAUCAUCAUCAUCAUCAUCAUCAUCAUCAUCAUCAUCAUCAUCAUCAUCAUCAUCAUCAUCAUCAUCAUCAUCAUCAUCAUCAUCAUCAUCAUCAUCAUCAUCAUCAUCAUCAUCAUCAUCAUCAUCAUCAUCAUCAUCAUCAUCAUCAUCAUCAUCAUCAUCAUCAUCAUCAUCAUCAUCAUCAUCAUCAUCAUCAUCAUCAUCAUCAUCAUCAUCAUCAUCAUCAUCAUCAUCAUCAUCAUCAUCAUCAUCAUCAUCAUCAUCAUCAUCAUCAUCAUCAUCAUCAUCAUCAUCAUCAUCAUCAUCAUCAUCAUCAUCAUCAUCAUCAUCAUCAUCAUCAUCAUCAUCAUCAUCAUCAUCAUCAUCAUCAUCAUCAUCAUCAUCAUCAUCAUCAUCAUCAUCAUCAUCAUCAUCAUCAUCAUCAUCAUCAUCAUCAUCAUCAUCAUCAUCAUCAUCAUCAUCAUCAUCAUCAUCAUCAUCAUCAUCAUCAUCAUCAUCAUCAUCAUCAUCAUCAUCAUCAUCAUCAUCAUCAUCAUCAUCAUCAUCAUCAUCAUCAUCAUCAUCAUCAUCAUCAUCAUCAUCAUCAUCAUCAUCAUCAUCAUCAUCAUCAUCAUCAUCAUCAUCAUCAUCAUCAUCAUCAUCAUCAUCAUCAUCAUCAUCAUCAUCAUCAUCAUCAUCAUCAUCAUCAUCAUCAUCAUCAUCAUCAUCAUCAUCAUCAUCAUCAUAUCAUCAUCAUCAUCAUCAUCAUCAUCAUCAUCAUCAUCAUCAUCAUCAUCAUCAUCAUCAUCAUCAUCAUCAUCAUCAUCAUCAUCAUCAUCAUCAUCAUCAUCAUCAUCAUCAUCAUCAUCAUCAUCAUCAUCAUCAUCAUCAUCAUCAUCAUCAUCAUCAUCAUCAUCAUCAUCAUCAUCAUCAUCAUCAUCAUCAUCAUCAUCAUCAUCAUCAUCAUCAUCAUCAUCAUCAUCAUCAUCGUCAUCAUCAUCAUCAUCAUCAUCAUCAUCAUCAUCAUCAUCAUCAUCAUCAUCAUCAUCAUCAUCAUCAUCAUCAUCAUCAUCAUCAUCAUCAUCAUCAUCAUCAUCAUCAUCAUCAUCAUCAUCAUCAUCAUCAUCAUCAUCAUCAUCAUCAUCAUCAUCAUCAUCAUCAUCAUCAUCAUCAUCAUCAUCAUCAUCAUCAUCAUCAUCAUCAUCAUCAUCAUCAUCAUCAUCAUCAUCAUCAUCAUCAUCAUCAUCAUCAUCAUCAUCAUCAUCAUCAUCAUCAUCAUCAUCAUCAUCAUCAUCAUCAUCAUCAUCAUCAUCAUCAUCAUCAUCAUCAUCAUCAUCAUCAUCAUCAUCAUCAUCAUCAUCAUCAUCAUCAUCAUCAUCAUCAUCAUCAUCAUCAUCAUCAUCAUCAUCAUCAUCAUCAUCAUCAUCAUCAUCAUCAUCAUCAUCAUCAUCAUCAUCAUCAUCAUCAUCAUCAUCAUCAUCAUCAUCAUCAUCAUCAUCAUCAUCAUCAUCAUCAUCAUCAUCAUCAUCAUCAUCAUCAUCAUCAUCAUCAUCAUCAUCAUCAUCAUCAUCAUCAUCAUCAUCAUCAUCAUCAUCAUCAUCAUCAUCAUCAUCAUCAUCAUCAUCAUCAUCAUCAUCAUCAUCAUCAUCAUCAUCAUCAUCAUCAUCAUCAUCAUCAUCAUCAUCAUCAUCAUCAUCAUCAUCAUCAUCAUCAUCAUCAUCAUCAUCAUCAUCAUCAUCAUCAUCAUCAUCAUCAUCAUCAUCAUCAUCAUCAUCAUCAUCAUC